CAAAUCCUUCAGGAGCCUCUAAUCAAUCACUGUGGUGUGAGAAGAAUGCAGCUGAUCCUGGAAUUAGUUGCCAUUGGAAUGUAUUCAUGUGUAACAUCCCACUGUCUGAAUGACAUCACACCAGCUCUUAGUCCUUGAAAGUCUCGAGGAUGAUUAGCUGUAGGAAUGGGCUGUUUCUGCCAAUCAUAACCCGGCAAGGCUGCCUUUAGAGUUCGGGAGAUAUGAGAGCCUGGGCAAGAGGGAGGGAGAGAGGGCGAGACUAAGGAAACUGACUACAGCCAAACAAGGAGGCGCAGCGGCAGCGGUGGUGGAGGCGGCGGCGGCGGCGGCGGCGGCAGCAACAGCAGCAGCAGAGACCGCGACAGCAGCAGCACCAACAGCAGCUGGGAUCCGGGUGAUUAAAGAGUUCUCAGAGGCUUUUUGCUGUACUCUUCCCUCUGGUGUAAUUCUCAUGUCCAAGAAGGAAGCUGCACUUGAACGGUGUGCUGAAUAGGGGUUUGGAUCCUUCCAGCUGGCUGCUCGUUUUGAAAAGGACAAUGUGUGUGAAUAAAUAAAAGGAGAUUGUGCAGGAAGAGUUCAGUGACAAGGAGCUGGAGUCUUCCCGGGAUGUUGUUCUGACAGAUGGUGGGAACUGUAAAAUACUCCUGCUUCACUUUGGAGUCAAGUGAGUCUGGACAGCUGAGCUCUCUUUUACAAACACUGGAUAUAUUCAAGUUAGAAAGGCAGGAAAAAAAGAGAAAGCAAAAAGGGAACAUUUCUUCGCUAGAUAAUGUAUAGAGGCUUCUACAUCAGUCCUUGGUCUUGGCUAUAUUCAAAGAAGCUUAUUUCAAAUUUGUGUCUCCCGGUCUGCGGACUUCCAGUUUUAACUGUUCUGUGACUUUAUAUUCCUUUCUUAUAUGCCUUGAAAUGGUCACAUGAACUGGAGAGUGGUAUUUGCACCAUAUCACCUUCUAUUCACUAUGGCACUUUAGGAGACAAUAUUCAAAAGCAAUUUUAAAAUAUUUUUUUAAUUUAAAAAAUGAAUCUUGUUGUGAAGGUUCGAAGAAGCUUUCGAACAUUGAUCCUUCUCUUAGCCACAUUCUGCUUGGUAAGCAUUGUCAUUUCUGCUUAUUUUCUCUACUCGGGCUACAAACAAGAGGUGACACUGACUGAAACCACUGCAGGGGUGGAAUGUGCUGACCUCAAACUUCUACCCUAUCGGUCAAUGGAAUUGAAGACAGUCAAACCUAUUGAUACAUCAAAGACAGACCCAACAGUUCUCUUAUUUGUGGAGAGCCAAUACUCUCAGCUUGGUCAAGAUAUCAUAGCCAUCUUGGAAUCCAGCAGAUUUCAGUAUCACAUGGUCAUUGCUCCAGGCAAGGGAGACAUACCUCCUCUUACAGACAAUGGCAAAGGGAAAUAUACUUUGGUUAUCUAUGAAAAUGUUUUGAAGUAUGUUACCAUGGACUCAUGGAAUCGAGAGCUUUUGGAAAAAUACUGUGUGGAGUACAGUGUUAGCAUAAUUGGUUUUCAUAAAGCCAAUGAAAAUAGCUUACCAAGUACAAAAUUAAAGGGCUUUCCCCUGAACCUUUAUAAUAACAUGGCCCUAAAAGAUUGCUUUGUAAACCCUCAGUCUCCUUUGUUGCAUAUUACCAAAGCACCAAGGGUUGAGAAAGGCCCUCUGCCUGGUGAAGACUGGACUAUUUUCCAAUUUAAUCAUUCAACCUACCAACCUGUUCUCUUAACGGAGUUACAGACUUCAAAGCCACUUACACCUCCCUUGUCCAAAACCAAUCUGUAUGCUACAGUGGUUCAAGAUUUGGGGCUUCACGAUGGGAUUCAGCGUGUCCUUUUUGGAAACAACUUGAACUUUUGGCUGCACAAACUCAUCUUCAUAGACGCCAUCUCUUUCCUGUCAGGGAAGAAGCUCACAUUGUCCUUGGACAGAUAUAUCCUCGUGGACAUUGAUGAUAUCUUUGUUGGCAAGGAAGGAACAAGGAUGAAUGUGAAGGAUGUGAAGGCAUUACUAGAGACUCAAAAUUUACUGCGCAAUCAGGUUGCAAAUUUUACCUUCAACCUUGGAUUUUCAGGGAAGUUUUACCACACAGGAACAGAAGAGGAAGAUGAAGGGGAUGACCUCUUGCUGGGGUCUGUGGAUGAGUUCUGGUGGUUUCCUCACAUGUGGAGUCACAUGCAGCCCCAUCUCUUCCACAAUGAAUCAUCCCUGGUGGAGCAGAUGAUCCUCAACAAGGAGUUUGCACUAGAGCAUGGAAUUCCUAUCAACUUGGGCUAUGCAGUGGCCCCACACCACUCAGGGGUCUACCCAGUCCAUAUACAGCUUUAUGAAGCUUGGAAAAAAGUCUGGGGUAUCCAGGUUACAAGCACAGAAGAGUAUCCACAUCUUAAACCUGCACGCUAUAGACGGGGCUUCAUCCACAAUGGCAUCAUGGUGCUCCCUCGACAGACAUGUGGCUUAUUCACCCACACAAUUUUCUAUAAGGAAUACCCAGGAGGUCCCCAGGAAUUGGACAAAAGUAUCCAAGGAGGGGAACUUUUUCUCACUAUCCUUCUGAAUCCCAUCAGCAUAUUCAUGACCCAUUUGUCCAACUACGGGAAUGACCGCCUGGGGUUAUAUACAUUUGUGAACUUGGCCAACUUUGUGCAAAGCUGGACUAACCUGAGACUGCAGACUCUGCCUCCAGUGCAGCUGGCUCACAAGUACUUUGAGCUCUUCCCAGAGCAGAAAGAUCCUCUCUGGCAGAAUCCAUGUGAUGAUAAAAGACACAGGGACAUCUGGUCCAGAGACAAAACUUGUGACCAUUUACCAAAAUUUCUUGUGAUUGGACCUCAGAAAACAGGGACAACUGCACUUUAUUUAUUUCUACUUAUGCAUCCUUCCAUCAUCAGCAAUCUCCCCAGUCCAAAAACAUUUGAAGAAGUUCAAUUCUUUAAUGGAAACAACUAUCAGAAGGGAAUUGACUGGUACAUGGAUUUUUUUCCCAUCCCCUCCAACAUUACCAAUGAUUUUCUAUUUGAGAAGAGUGCCAACUACUUCCAUUCAGAGGAAGCUCCAAGAAGAGCUGCAUCACUGGUUCCCAAGGCCAAGAUCAUCACCAUUCUCAUUGACCCCUCAGACAGAGCAUACUCCUGGUACCAGCACCAGCGAUCUCAUGAGGAUCCAGCUGCCCUGAGGUUUAAUUUCUAUGAAGUUAUUACAACAGGACAUUGGGCCCCAUCUGAAUUAAAAACUCUACAGAAGAGAUGCCUGACUCCUGGAUGGUAUGCAGUCCACAUUGAGAGAUGGCUAACCUAUUUUUCUACUUCUCAGUUGCUAAUUAUUGACGGGCAACAGUUACGAUCUGACCCAGCUACUGUGAUGGAUGAAGUGCAGAAGUUUCUAGGAGUUACCCCUCAUUACAAUUACUCAGAAGCUUUAACGUUUGACCCUCAAAAGGGCUUUUGGUGUCAGCUACUAGAAGGAGGAAAAACCAAAUGUCUUGGGAAAAGUAAAGGCCGAAAAUACCCACCAAUGGACUUAGAGUCUAGAGCAUUCCUCUCCAGUUACUACAGAGAUCAUAAUGUGGAAUUAUCCAAACUUCUUCACAGACUGGGGCAACCUCUGCCAUCGUGGCUGAGACAGGAACUACAGAAAGUAAGAUAGCACUGGAAAGAAGGACCUUCGCCUCAUAUGACAAUUACCUUUAUGAUCAAAACUGAAAACCAACCUACAAACUUAUACUUCCUCAAUGCACUUGUGAUUGUCAGCAGAGGACUUUGUGAAUAAUUUUCUCUAUAUCUUUGUGAAAAGAAGAGACAAGAAGAAAUAUGAAAAGAAGAGAAAAAGAGACAAAAAGAAAAUAUAUUAUAUAUGCACACACUGAUAAUUACUAGCAUUGAUCAAUCUCUAUAUCAACUUUUGGGAAACAAUUCAAAGUUAUGUGGCAUUAUUCAAUAUCCAAUCUGGGACUCAUGAUAUAGUCCAGUUUCUCUGUUAACCAGAAAAUUCCCAAAACUGAAUGUACAAUUGGUAGCCUUCAUCAUUUUUGAGGGUCCAAUUACAAUCUGACAGGUUGGGAGCAAGGGCUCAAAAUAUCUAUCAAUGCAUUUUGAGGUCGAGAGUAACCCAAUGUCUGAACUUAAUCACUCACUGUUUCUUUUCUUUUGAGUUUUAUAAUUUUGAUAUAAUUAUAAGAAAAAAACAUCUUCCCACACUCCAUUCGUGUAUUUUAAACUUCUGUGAUUUAUAGACACCAGCCUCCCUAGUUUGUUGCAUUUCUUUCAUGUAGCUUGAGCACCUCCAAGAAUUCUGCUGAUUUAUUCUAGAAUGUGAAGUAAACCUAUGUGAAGUAGACCCAAUACACAAAGACCCCUUUAUCUUCUUACCCUCUGAGGAAGCAAGCUGAUUGAAAACUGUAUGAACUUUGCUGAGAUUGAUGCAUUUGCUGUUGAUGCUUUUUAGCCUGUUUUCUUGCCACUCUCAGUGAGGCUUUUCAUCAUGGUUGUCUAGAUUCCCCAGUGCCCAUGAUCAUGGUUUGAGAUGUGGUUUCAUAUUGCAUACUUUGUCAUAAUGUCACUGGUGGAUGUGAGACAAUCAUUAAAGGGGUCCCAAAUCCAACCAAACCUAGUAAUUUGUGUGUGUGUGUGUGUGUGUGUGUGUGUGUGUGUGUGUGUGUGUGUGUGUGUGUGAGUGAAUGGGGUAGGGAGGCAGAGGGGAGAAGAAGCUAAAUUUUUCUAGAAAAACUGAAGAUUUGGGAGUCUGCUUAAAAGUAUCCUAAGGCACAUACCUCCUCCCAUUCUCUCUAAAUUUGUUGGAUUGUUGAAAAAAGAUCAGGAUUAUAAAAAGAAAUAAAAUAUCCUAAAUAUUCCUUUAUUUUGCCCCCCUUUAAAAACGAUUUCCUCACAGAUCAAAGGCUAUGACCCUUUUCAAUUGGGGUGUUUCAUUGUUCUUUGAAAAUUCUAGAUGGUUGUUAUUCUACCAACCAUAGAGAUUCCUUUUAAUCGCAUUAGUCAAUUGAAGUUUAAUGUGGUUUUGUCAAUCUAUAAAGUGCUACCUACAGUUAAAAUUACCACAGGCUAAAGAGGCAGGCUUGUUUUUGUAAUAUUAGCUAUCAACAUGGGCUUUAGAAGACUUUUAUUGCAACACCAAGACUUUUCCACACUAGCUAGAACUAGGCUUGGUUGAUCCUGUAAACAAUUUAAGUAAUUUUACUAUAUUACUCAUUGUGUAACUACUGGGAAAUUGAGAGACCUAUUUGGGGAAUCCAACAAAAAAUUUUAAAAACCAGACUAUUUUUAAUAGGAAGUUGUCAAGUUUUAUUUUUUACUUUAUUGGGUUUUUUUUCUCCUCAAUUUAAUCAUGGCUUUGAUUUCUGAAUUACACCAUACAUUUCUACAUCAAUAUAAUAGGAAUGGAGAGGGUGAACAUUUGGGUUCUUGUUAAUUCCAUGAUACAUAGUGAUAGUAAUUUUUAAUAACUUCUAAUGUUUUUAUUGUGCUUUAUUUGACUCAGCAAAAAAAAAAAUAUUGAAUACCUUCUCACCAUACUAGAUGCUGAAGGAUACAAAGAUGAAUAAGACAUGGUCCCUAGCCUUUAGGGAGUUUAUUAUCAGAAUUAGGAAUCAAGUACUGGAAAAAGAUUUAGAAGCCAAAAAAGUCCUUUUAAUAUACAAAAUGAGGCCUUUAGGUGCCCUUUGGUUCAAAUCUGGCCCUAGGCUCAAAUCUGACCUCAGACACUUCUUGCCCUGUGACUGGCCAUGUCAUUUAACUCCAAUUGCCUAGCCCUUACUGCUCUUCUGCCUUGGAACUGAUACCUAGGAUCAAAUCUAAGGCAGAAAGUAAGGGUUAAAAAAAAUUAGAAAACUAGGACCAGGGAGCCUAAAUGACUUGUUCAAUUUCAUAUAUAUAAUGAAGUAUCAUAGGUGGAAUUGGAACCCAGGACAUCUGACUCCAGACCUCCUCAUCCUGCUGAAGCCCCAAGGGUUUACUCUUUUUUGUUCAUCAUCUUUUGUUAUGUGGCUCAAACACCUUGAGUGGUUUAGAUGUCUAUCACUGUAUCAUUUUAAUUCAAGUGCAAGCAUGUAGCAGGACUCUCCUUUCUGAAUGUAUGUACUUCUGCCUUUGUGUUUCUAGGAUUAAAUGGACUGAUUUGCUGAUCAACUCUGCUUGCAAUCAUAUUAUAAUUUUUUUUCUGAUGAAAUAGAGGUCAUUCUUUUUUUUUCCAUCUGGGGAAGAGGGCAUAUUUUAUAUUAUAGCAAUAAAGAGGAAGAGGAAGGAGUCAUUCACAUAUACAUACUUUUGUUUAUGUAUAUAUAUAUAUGCACACAAGAAUAUGUAUAUACAUAUGCAAGAUGUUAAUAUAGUCAUUUUCACUUCAUUUAACUUAACAUUAACUCACUAGCCUAUUCAGUUUAGAAAUCACUGUAGUUAUAUUUUUUAUUUGAAAAACAAUGCAUAGGGAAUAAUUAACAUAUGAGAUCUAAGGAAAAUAUUUGUCUCUCCUUAUAGCUAUAUCAUUUCAGAAAGUUUCUAGGUUUAAAUAAAUGUAUAAGUAUACACAAAUAAAUAUGUAUGCAUAUAUAUAUAUGUAUUGGUGUAUAUAUACAUAUAUCAUCUUUUGGUUAUUAACAAACCAGAAAAACCAUUUUAUUAAUGUUGCAUAUUGAAUGUCAAAAUUAUAUUUUACAUUUAUAUAGCUCUUAAAAGUUUACCACAGCUAUGUGAAAUGGGCAAAACAAGUAUUAUCUCCCCCAUCUUAAGAGAAGGCUCAGAGACUUCAAAUGUUGUCCCCCAAUGUUAUGGGGUUAAUAAGCAGCAUCUGAAUUUGCCCCAACAGCUCACUACAAUGCCCAGGCUGAUUUGUAACAGGGCACAAAGUAAUUGCAAGUUCAGUUAAUGAAUGAUAUUGAAAUUUCAGGGCACUGCAAUUUUUACCCACUUGACAAUUCAAGAUUGCAUAGUCAAAGUGAAAUUUAAGUGAUUAUUAAUAUUUUAAAUAAUCCUUAACCCAUUUCCUUGAUUCAAUUAGAGUUAUAUUCCAGAGAGAAUCUACCAACAAUCUCUCAUACAAGCUUAAUUACCCUUCCUCUCUAAAUGCUGUUAAAAAAAUUAAGUUGCUUCAAAGGAAAAAAAAAUGUGGGGAAAAGGGAAAUAGUAUUCCUAAUCACAUACGUAAUUAUCCAACUCCAAAUUCAAUAAGAAAUUUCUGAGGCACCACAUGAUGUUAUGAUAUAAUGGACAAAUAUUAUGGUGAAAAGUAUCCUGUCUCUUAACCUGACCAAAUAGCUCUAGGGAUGUGACAUGGAGGGCAAACAUAGUGAAAGCAAAUGAAAUUUGUGUGAAUAUUCCUUUUUUUUUAAAGUUCUGACUUAAACUGAUCAUUUGCUUAUUUGAAAUCUAUGGGUGAUUUUUAGCUCAACAUGAAAAUUUUUCCAGUUAAAACAAUUUUUUCUUUUUUCUUUUUUCUUUUGUCUCCUCUUGUUUUUCCAAUUCGUUAUUUCAAUGUGUCCAUAAGAAUUCUAACCAUCUGUCAUAAAGAUUAAUUAUACAUAAAUAGGUUUCUUAAAAGAUUUAGUUUCAUAUAUAUAUAUAUAAAGCAUAUAUAGAAAAAGAGUAUGUUUAAAUCAUAUGCAUAUGACAUAUGAAACUAAAUUUUAUAAAUUUGUCUUCCUAUGUCUAUACAUUUAUAUGCAUAUAUGAUGACAUAAAUAUACACAUAGGAAACCAAAUUUUAUUUUAAAAAUAUUAUCUCAAAUGCUGAUUGUUCCAGGGAUGGGACAUCACAUUAAAUCUAGGCAGCCCUAUUUGGAAGUACCUCAGAAAUAAUGCCAGGCAAAGACUCUAGACAUGAACUUCUUACAAGAUUUUCUAUUGACUAUGGAAAUGCAGCUUAACUCUAGGCAUAUUCACAGUAUGUGUGUAUAUAUGCAGAUACAUGGAUGUACACAUAUAAAUUGUCUAAUACAAAUCUUACGUUUUGAUCACUCAAAGUAUUUUUCUUGUUGGGGGGGAAUCUGUAUUUACUGAAAAUGUUUAAAAUAAGUGCUGUAUUCUAUAAAAGUUAUUAUUGGUUCUCACUUCUUCAGAAUAAACACUUCUACUAUUA